AAUCUGUGGAAUUCAUUUCCUGUGAAAGCUGCUCAUAGCGGCGCAACGAUGCAGCCGCCGUGUCUGAGGAAGAACAUGCUGAGGGAAAUAUAACUGAAAAGCGUUUAUCAGUUGUUUUUGUAAUAUCAGUGUGACUAUCUGUGGGAAUGGCUGAGCCUUUACUGAAGAGGACCUUGUCCAAACUGAGGGGUAAAGACAGAUCCCGUCGUAAAACUGACCCCAGACUCAAUGAUGGACCGAGGAAGACGGAGCUCGUCCACAGCUCUUCGUCGUCCUCGGUGACGGAGAUAGAAGAGGAAUGCACCAGACACACACAAAUCACAGUGUCCAAAAAACUGAACUGGGCCAAACUCUCAUCCGUCUCUCGGGAUGUCGAGCAGCUCUCAAAACUGAGCUUGGCGUCUCAGGAAAGCUGCACAGGCAAAGCCCAGGCUUCCAAACAGGCCUCUUUCAGAGAGAAUGGGUUCGAUUGGAGAUGGAAAGAUCUACAUAAAGACGGAACCUACCCCAGAGCUUGCCAGAAAGCCGACACGGCCGACGGGGCAGAUACGGUUGACGCAGGACUUCCAGAGUUAGUAAUGCCUCCGGUCACUGAGUACUGCACCUCCUUGGGCAUGGGUAAGCACUCUGGGCAGGGAGUGUACCUCCAGCACCUGGAGAGGAGUAGCAGAGCUUGGGUGCUGUCUUCAGGAAAGACCCAGGCUCCAGAUGAAGCCUACACAGUCUGCCUCACAGAGCGAAAACACACGACUGUGAACGAGAGCAACAUUUGGUACAACCCAAUCCCAGAAGAAGAGGACGCUCGGGUCAGCGGAGUGAAGCUGAGGGAGAAAGAGAAGGAUGUGCUUGAAGAUCCUUGGAGAAGGAGAAACAUGGAGGAUGCACAAGAGGAUCAGAAAGAUGUUCUUCCACACUCUCACAUUCACCCUGAUGAUUAUUAUCCGGGUGGCAGCAGCGGAGGUGCCGGUGCUGUUAGUGAAAUUGCUAGUGGGGCUGCUAGCGGUUCAGGAGCACAAACGAAAAUCUCAGGAGGAACCACAAGCACCAGCAGCAUGAUGGAGAAGAUUAAAUCUCCCGGCACAGUACGGCGUCUCUCUAUGAAGAUGCGCAAGCUUCCAGAACUGCGGCGUAAGCUCAGCCUGCGCUCCUCACGUAACCAGCGACACCUUCAAGGACAAGGGGGUGGCAGUGAAGCACCAGGGGGUGCCGAAGAGGCCUCACCCCCCAACGUACGUAAAGAAUCCUCCAACAAUGUCAUCAGCAGGUACCAUCUAGACACCAGUGCUCCUGCGAGACCGACGCGUCGAUCGUCACGCAUGCGUUCUGCUAACAAAGGUGGAUAUCUUAGCGAUGGCGACUCCCCUGAGCUUUUGCCCAAACAGGAUUUGAUUCAAGGGUCUCAGGGAUCAGGGCAAGAAACACAGGAGUCUCCACAACCUCCUCCACACCGCGGGUGGCAGGAUGCGGUCGGGUCAUUCAGGCACUACUCGCUCUCGGAGCAGCCAAAAUGCGCCCAGAGAGUGUCAGGGCUCCUCACGGUUCAUCUGCUUGGUGUCUCUGAACUUGUGCGAUCUCGCACCGCUAAAGACAUCUUCUGUGCCAUCCAGGUGGACGGAGUGACGCGAGCUCGCACCGCUUUACUCAACUGCCAGGAGUCGUCACUCCCACUAAACCACACCUUCAAUCUGGAGCUGGAGAGAGCACGCAUGCUGAAGCUGAUUGUUCUCACACCAAAUGCUAACAAUGUGGAUCGGGCCACAGGCCCCGGUGGUCAAACACGCAACCGGGUAUGUUGCCUGGGCACUGUAGCAAUCCCUCCUCUGUUUAAAGCCUCUCGGACUCAGCAGCUGUGUGUGAAGCUGGAGCCGAGGGGUUUGCUGUAUGUGAAGCUGACUCUGUUGGAGCAGUGGGAGGCGCCACCACCGCGCCUCAGCGAGCUGCCUCCACCCUCCGUAUUCGGUGUGGAGCUGCGCCACCUGGUGGAGAAAGAGGCCUGCGUUUCCAAAGUGCCUCUCAUCAUUCAGAAAUGUGUGGCUGAGAUCGAAAAGCGGGGACUCAAGGUUGUGGGUUUGUAUCGUCUCUGUGGCUCUGCGGCUGUUAAGAAGGAGCUGCGGGAUGCGUUUGAGAAGGACAGCGCGAACAUCACUCUGGAUGAAGAGCUGUACCCUGACAUCAAUGUCAUUACAGGCAUUCUGAAGGAUUAUCUGCGUGAGCUGCCUUCACCGCUCAUCACACGGACUCUGUAUGAGGUAGUGCUGGAGGCCAUGUGUGUGAGACCAGCAUGCAGGAGCGACGACACACACAGAUCACACAACACCGUCACCCUACUGCAGUGUCUACCUGAACCAGAGAGGGCCACACUGUCUCUCCUGUUGGAUCAUCUUAGUCUGGUGGCUUCCUUCAGUGACUGUAAUCUGAUGACAUGCCAGAACCUUGCUGUGUGUUUCGGCCCUGUUCUGCUCACUCCAACACAGGACUCGUGGAAAGGAGCAGGACUGGGUGCUUUCCCAUCAGCUCCUGUGGGACAUGGACGAAGCUUAACACAGCAGAGCAUGGAAAUGGCCAGCGCCGUGGACUUCAAGCGGCACAUCGAAGCUCUGCAUUAUCUGCUGCAGCUCUGGCCAAUCCCAACAGGAAGAGUGAGCGAUCGGUCACCCUGCCGUUCAGAGGAUGAAGAGACUCCUCCUCUCUCUCAGAAGUCCCUACAGCUUCAUGGUCAGCGCCCGUUGUUACGCGUGGAGCUGCCGUUACCCCAGGAUGUAGCGGUCGUGUCACGUCGAGGGCGUGGCCGUCUGGAAAGCCCACCAUGUAACCGCUAUGCCGGUGACUGGAGCGUGUGUGGACGGGACUUUCUGACCAACAACGACGCUGAUUAUGACGAGGUGGCAGGCAGCGAGAGCGACGAGGACGAGGAGAAGAAAAAAGACUGGGUGUACACGGACGAUUUCGCGCUGGACUUUGAAGCGCCGUUUACAUGCAGACUGAGUCUGAAAGACUUUGAUAACCUAAUAUUAGAUCUGGAGCGUGAACUCGCCAAACAGAUCAACUUCUGCCUCUGAGCACGGCCUCUACCUAAACCCCGUAUCUGCAGUGCACUGAAGGCAAUCAGCAGGAAAUACACAAUUUAAAUGUCUUAUGAUUAGAGCCACAAUUAUUAGCUCAGAUUGUGUUCAUCAGCCAAGACAUGAUGCGCCUCUAAACUUGGAAUAUUAUUAUUAUUAUUAUUAUUAUUAUUAUUACUAUUGUGUUUGCUCUGAACCUACAAGGCUAAUGUAGUUAAGUAAUGGACGCUCCAGUUUAGUGCUGUGAAAAUCUGCAAAAAAAAGCCCUCACAUUGCAAUAAUUUCAGACCGUCAUGAUUAUACGUAUCAACUUUUUACUUUACAGCACACUUAUCUUUAGAAAAAUGACAACCUGACGGAGCUAAAAACAGUUGUAGCAGCUGCCAUCUUGUUUCAUCAGCAAAAUCAUCAGCCUCACUUCUUAGGUGUGCCACAAAAAAUGGGAGGCUUUACAAUGCUGACGGAUGAUUUGGAUGAUAAUACAGUUCACAUUUUAUUUCUUCUUUAAAAAUAUGCCAUUUUAUGAAAAUUAAUACCAUCGAAUAUUAUCCUGGAGGCUGUAAGUUUUCCCAGUUUAUUAGCCUUACUGUAGAUUCAGGAGUAAAACUGAAGAAGAGAGCUGCAGACACCUUCAUGUCUUGGCUGUUUGGUGAAAGGGAUUCAAGCCUGGAGGUUGUACAUAAUUACAUAAUUAGAGACCUGAUGCUAGAAAUAAGCACUGUAGAUACAGGCGUUCAUGUGGGCGCUAUAAUGAUGAAGGUCGACGACAAGCAGCUUCUUCUGCUUUAGUAAAGUGUGAAGUUAUAUUUAAUAGAAAGCCAGACAGGUGUGUGUUUGUGUGUGUGUGUGUGUGUGUGUGUGUGUGUGUGUGUGUGUGUGUGUGUAGGGCAAGUCAGAUCUUCAAAAGCACAGAGGUUAGUUUUCAUUCCUUAAUCAAACACAACACACAUGAUUCAUCUACGGACUGAGCAGUAAACAUUAGCUUAACGCAGCGCUUGCCAGAGAGCACAAAUCAUUAGCUCUGUUUAAGCUGGAACAAAUUGGAAGACCUGAGAGCAUCAUAACUGCAUUAUUAAUCGAAGAUAAUGUAGACGGUCGUAUCGUGUUCUCUUCAGGAGGCAGCUGCUUAGACAGGUGUCCAUUUGGAAAGCUCAUUAAUAAGGUUACUCGUCUUAAUCAGAUUUGUAGCGAUGAUCACAUUUGAGGUCUUAUCCAGAGUGACUUCCAUUUAUCUCAUUUAUACAGCUGAGCAGUUGAGGAUCAAGGGCCUUGCUCAAGGGCCCAGCAAUGGCAGCUUUAGUGAUCCUGGGAUUUGAACUCGUAACCUUUCGAUCGGUAGUCAGACAUCUUAACCUCAUUUAUCAGGAUAAGUGAAUUGUAUUAAACAGGAAUUAUGAGAAGCAAAAGAUUUAUUUCUAUAGUUAACAUGAGCAGAUUUGUGAGAUUGUCCGCAUAACUGUUCAUAAGUGUUAUAAUUAUACGUGAUUUAUUUCCCUUAGACUACAGUAAAUUGCCAUGUAUUUAAGGGGUUGUAUGUAACAAUUGCAUGUACUAUUAAUAUCAUCAAACAUCCAAGAGUCAAGUUCUUAUUAUCGCUUACAUAAUAGCAGCUGUAAACGGUCAUCCCUUCAUCAGCCCCUCUAUCUUUUUCUCUCUUGGAGUAAAUAAGACAAAAAUAAAUUCAGGUUCUCAUGUUACCAAAGAAACACGUUCAGAACACGAGCGUGUUAAUAUAAAAUGUAGUGUAAAGCCAAAACAUCGAACGUUAGAAGAGUAAAACUAGCUGCGCUCCCUGUGUGGUAGUGACGAAGUUCUCUCUGUCUGCCAUCAUUCAUACAGCCUAAUACCACGAAGAUGGUUGAAUUCUCUAAUCCGAUUAGUCAGGAGGUGUGGGUUAAUUUUGUACAACAGCGUGACUUGGACAGGAGUUCCAGCUGUGAAAUAAAAGAUAAGUUAAUAUCGGUUCACUCAUCUGAAUCUGCUAACUGCUUUCCUUCUACACAGCCCUGUAGGUGAUAACUUUCACCCUCCCUAGUUGCAGAUUUAGCUAGUGGGUAGGAACUGAAAGGAAAAAAAUCUCUGAGCGCUUUUGCAGCUGCCUCCUAAAGUAAAAAGUGAUCUGAGAGAUUUCUGUCAUCUCCACGAAUAAACGAAGUUUCACGUGGGCUCUGUUUCAGCAUUACAAAUUCUAAACAAUCUUUAAAAAAUGUACACUUCGUUACUGACUUAUUUGUGCUAUCUACAAAUUGUUAGGGCUAAAUCUGGACGUUCAAUCCCUGACUAUUGAUUUAAAGCAGCGGGAAAGCCAGUGCAGUGCCUAUUUAUGCAUGUCUCCUUUCCCCUGAAAUAAAUCCUCCUAUCCAGUGUGACCUGCCAGCGGCACUUGAGCCAAAUAUUGUGUAAAGUUUUCCACUGGGACAUUCUGUUACUGGUCCGGUGUUAAUGCUCGGGAUGCUUUACCCGUUCUGUUCCUGCGAUCAGAAAUAUUACGUUUUAUAAGCAUGCUGAUGUGUUUCCUGUGCCAAAUAGCCCUCACUGAUGCCUUAAUGAAAACACAAUCUUCUCUUUAACUUAAAUGAAGCCUAUUAGCCAACACAAAGACUUCUGAAUAUUUUGGUCUCUAGUGACGCCCCUAACCUUUCAGCUACCAGUGAGGUGUUUGGAUUCCUGUAAUAAUCAGUAUUAGCUGUUUUCAAAUAGAAUGAUUAUUUACUUAAUUUGCACAGUUCACUUUGAAGAAAGAAGAAAGAAUGAGCAAAAUAAGAAUCCACGUACGCAGGAUCAUUUAGUCUCAAGAACAAGCACAACGUGGAUCAGCUAAUCAGGAUGGACACACACUAUUUUUUAAAAACUUCCAGACCAAAGACACAUUUGAUGGUUGUUUUGCACUUCUGUAUUGCGCAUUUGGUUAUUUGACGUCGCUGCUUACUUGGUCGAGUGCAGUACACGGUGUUGCCGUUGCUGGUGUAGCACUGUUUCUUUAACAUUGGAGCACGGUACAUAUAUUUAUCUGACUGUGAUUUUAGUUAAUUAAAAAAAAAGAUUAUAAAAAAGAAAAAAAGGACAUAUGGAAUUGAAGGCCAUUAUCGAGCAGGGGUUUUGUUUAUCAUGCAAAAACGCUGUAAUCAUUUUUAUUCUAUUUGUUUGUACUGUACAGUAUUAUUUUGUAUUGCACAUUUACAGCAAGCACUUAUUUUUUUGUGUAUUAUGCCUCUGUGUACUAGUGUAAAAACUCUUAAAUUGGUACCUUUAAGUACCCUACAGUGUUAACCAAAUACAAGUAAAAGCACAGUAUUAUAAGUCAUAAUGAUUAAACCAGUAUUAUAUUCAA